AUGCUGAUUUUCUUUAAAAAGGGCUCCCUCUUCUUUAAUUGGUCCGUGUGCUCGUCUUCAUCCAAUCAGGGUCGUGGAUUUUGGGGGUAAGUAUCUUCCCCAGCUGAUAUCUGUUCAGUCUAUCAGCAUUCCGGAAGUGAUGCGAUAUCGUCACUCCGUUCUGAAACCCCUUUAUAUCAUUCAUCAAUCGAAAACAGGAAGAUUUGUUUUGUAAACAAUUUUUUAAAGCUUCUUCUUCCAUCUUUAAUUGGGGAUAAAUCACUCGAGUUAAGGGAAAGCAGUGAUGUAGAUCGGUAACUGCACUAUAUGUGUGCUCUAGGCUGUUCUGAGAGGAAAUACCGAUAUCGGUAUCUCUCAUUCAGCAGAUUGCCAGUGUAUGAAUGGUAUAGAAUAGAUAACAAAUCAUAAAUAUAUAUUGGUAUUCCCUCUCAGAUACCGAUAUCGGUAUUCCCUCUCAGAAUACCAAUAUCGGUAUUCCCUCUCAGAAUACAGAUAUCGGUAUUCCCUCUCAGAAUACAGAUAUCGGUAUUCCCUCUCAGAACACCGAUAUCGGUAUUCCCUCUCAGAACACCGAUAUCGGUAUUCCCUCUCAGAAUACCGAUAUCGGUAUUCCCUCUCAGAAUACAGAUAUCGGUAUUCCCUCUCAGAAUAG